CUGAUCUCUUCCAUCCACGCUCCAGCGGUGCCACCGUCAGGCUGCUGCCUGCUGAAGAUCUCCAUCAAGCAGUGAUGUGCUGCGGGAUCUGCGCCCGGUGCGUUCACGGACCGGGGGGUACAAUGGCUUAAGGAUUUUGGGGGAGACUCUGCCGUCGGCUGACAACAGGUCACAUGGAGAAUCCCCGUUCAAACCAAAGCCACCGUAUCAUCCGGUGUUUUUGGGUGAUCAGAGCGCCGCUGUGGACCUGAUGCGGGCAGCUCGUCCUGGCUGCAGACGGAGGAGCAGGUCGAUACCUGCGCCUGAAAAUGUUCCGUGAGGAUCAUGGCUCCUGGAUGACCAUGUUCUUCAGCACCAUCCUCUUCCUCUUCAUCUUCUCACACAUCUACAAUCUCUUCCUGCUGAUUGCUGGAGGGAUGGAGCCCCACAUGGUGACAGACUACAUGGGCAUCAGGAAUGAGAGCUUUAUGAAGAUUGCUGCAGUGGGGACAUGGAUGGGAGAUUUUGUGACAGCUUGGAUGGUAACAGAUAUGAUGCUUCAGGAUCAACACUACCCGGAUUGGGGCAAAGCUGCAAGAAAGUUCUGGAAAAGAGGCAAUAAUCGGAUCGUCCUUUUCUGGACAGUGCUUAUCUCUCUGACCUCUGUGGUGGUCGUAGUCAUCAGCACCGACUGGAUCAGCUGGGACAACCUGAACCGCGGCUUCCUGCCCAGCGACGAGGUCUCCAGAGCCUUUCUAGCUUCCUUCAUUUUGGUCUUCGACCUUCUCAUUGUCAUGCAGGACUGGGAGUUUCCUCACUUCAUGGGUGACCUGGAUAUGAAUUUGCCCGGAAUGUCAACAACACAUGUGAAGGUCAAGCUUCCUGUCUGCAAGAGUAUAUUUAAGGAGGAGUACCACAUUCACAUCACAGGUAAGUGGUUCAACUAUGGCAUUAUAUUUCUUGUGCUCAUACUGGACUUAAACAUGUGGAAGAACCAGAUUUUCUACAAGCCCUACGAGUACGGCCAGUAUGUUGGGCCAGGAGAGAAGAUCUAUACAGUGGAGGAGCCAGAAACACUUGCAGACUUCAACUAUAGCACUCUCACCUAUGAGUGGCGCUCCACGAAUAUCAACCCCAUGACCAACAAGACGUAUGUGGAGCGGGACAUGUUUCUGCACAGCCGUUACACUGGGGCCAGUUUGGACGUUAAGUGCCUGGCAUUCAUCCCAAGCCUUGCAGCGUUUGUUCUCUUUGGCUUCUUCAUCUGGCUGUUAGGGCGCUUUCAGGACAGCGAGACAUUCCCAGAAAACCAAGACAGCACGUAUGAGAGGAUAAAGAGGAAGUCGCCUUCGGAGUACAGUAAGGAAAUGGGAGUGACCCCGGAGGACACACACCUGACUAUGAGCAACAGUCUGAAACGAUGGGGAACACCGAUGCUCCUGUCGGUAGAGGGGCCUCAGUUUGGAGCGACACCGUCUACGAACUCGACUAUUUCAAUGGACACCCAGGAGACGCAUCCAAGCAUUGUGAUCGACAACUCAUCCCAGGAUGAGCCUGUUGUCUCGUUUGAUGUCCACAGACUCUCACCGUAAACAAAACCACAUCAGGAGCCGAAUAAAAGCAGAAAGAAUCCAUCAAGACCUCAGACUGUUACACAGGGUGGCAGAGGUUUUCCUCCUGCUAAACCUUUUUUACACACAUCUGUCUUUUAUUGGGAUUUUAUGUAGUAGACCAUCACAAAGUAGUGCAGAAUUGUAAAUGUUGAAUGAGAGAGAGAGAGAGAAUGAGACCAAAUCAUUCAGAUCAAUGCACACACUCAUAUCACCCAGGAUGCAGCGUGGGUGCGGCUACUGAGGCUGUUCACAUCAACAAAACGUUUUUGCAAAAAGCACAUUUGUAGUGUUCUCAGCAACAAUUUCAAAAGCCUAACAGGAAAUAUUAGGCACCAGCUGAAAAAACAAUUCAGAAUAAAAUCAAUCCACCAACCUACUCUAACUUGACUAGCAGAAACAAAAAGGCCAAACAGAAACAAAGGAGGAUAAAAAAGGGAUAUUUAUGUGCACCGAUAGGAAGUUUUGCCCUAGAAAUCCUCAAAGAAUUCUCUCGUAACCUUUUCUCUCAUGUGCUGGUUCUGCAGCUGGAGUCACAGCUGGGUAAGCCUGGUCCCAGCGUUCAGUGUGAGUGACCUUUUGCAGCAGGUUCCCACCACAGCUGUGGCGUAUUCAGUGUGAGCCUAGCAUUAAAAAUGUUUUAUAAAUAAUGAUUUGGAAAUUAAAUUCAGGCAUUUAUUGCACAUACUGUAAAGUUGCUUUGAAACCAUUCUAAUAUAGAUCUAUAGAUGUGGCUACAUGUUUUGGGUGGUUGUUUAGCUGAAGGGUUAAUCUCUGCCUCUAUUAGGUUUUCCUCCUGGGGUUGUCCUGUAUGUAUCUCUAUAAAUCUUCACUUCACUGUCUUUUCCGAGGAAAAACAUCCCCACAGCAUGAUGUUUCCACUCCAUGCCUCACCAUGAGAGUUAUAUGUCACUUUUUCCACCAUAUGUAGCAUUUUGUGUGUAAUCCAAAAUCUACAUGUUUGCUCUGUCCCCUUCUGUAAAGAGGACUUCUUAUGGCUUUCUAAAGACUAGCUAUUCAAGGCUUUUAGAGUUCAUAGCUAACGGUUGUGCCUUUAGACUGUCGUCUCCUUUAGGCCUGUAAGUUUAGAUGGAUAGGCACCUCUUUGUAGUACGUGACAUAAUAAUGGUUUAAUGAUUUGGUCUUCACAUAAAAUCUGUUUUAAAAUACAUAGAUAACGUGUAAAAUAUAUGAAAAGGAUAUAAAUUGACAUAUGCUUAUUCCUGGCAAUAUAGAUGUCUUAAGCUACGUGACUUUAUGAAAGCAGGUCCUUGUGCUGUCAUAUUUUUCCAAAACCUACUCUAAUAAAGCCUCCAUAUUGGCACUAGUUCUGAUACAGCUAGUCUGAUAUAAGGCAAAUGUUUUAAUUGACCUGGUGCUUGCUUGGAUUUUCAUAAUCUACUUCGGUUUCUGUUAAACUAACGGGUGCCUAUACAGUAUAAAAGAGUGUUUCUACUUCUGAAAUUCCUAGUCGGAACAGUGUUACAGCUACAAUUGUGCCUUGAUUUUUCAAAUGUUUAUACACUGACAGCCUUCUGCUAUGGAAGAUGUCCUAAUUAUGGUCUGCUUGACUAAUCCCUGCUGUAUUCUCCUAUCAAACUGACAAUUGUUGCCUCGUUUGGUCCUUCGCUUCUGUCAUUAUUAUUUAUUCUCUUAUGUUGCUUUUAAUCUAUUUUAAAUGUAUAUCUCUUGUUGGAAUGACACGAUUAUCAGCAUCAAUCUAUGUUGAUGACCUUUUCAUAUCCCCUCACUUGAUAUUAGGAUGGGAGAUAAUAAAUGCAAUCAUCAGAGAUGAAAUAGCAAAGCAACAAGCCGCUCAAUGAUUGCAAAUGUGGCUCCUACUCUUUUCUCUGAAUACCAACCAAGUCGGGAGGUUGGUUUCUUGCCCUUGGCAUAAACAUGCUAUUGAAGUGAGGGGUAUCUUUUUUUUUUUUUUCUUUAAAGCUCAGUUCUUCUUUGUGUCUAAAUAAUCUUUGAAGGUUUUUGGAAGCGUUAUUUUAUCCUGGUAUAUUUUUGAAUAUUGUUCAGCUGGCACAUUAUACUGCUGCUCCAAACUCAUUUUAUAGCAGCAGUAUUUAUCUUCCCAGUCACUUUAAAGGUGUCUUUUUCAAAGUUUCCUUGUGCUACAUUAUGUCUUUGUAAUGUAUGUCUGCGGGAGACGGUCCAAAAAAAUGUGCCCUUAGUCAUUUCUUUGCCUUUAAAGUGCAAAUAGGAAUUAAAUUAUUUAUGAGUUACAGGUUUUCUCAUGUAUGUUAAAAAAUUCAGCAAGUACUUAAAAUACUAUGUGACCAAAGAUUUCAAUUAACUCUGUAUUUUAAAUCUAAAAGGAAUAUAGUAGAAUUCUUCCGUCUUGCUUGUCCUGAUUUUAACACUAAAUGUGGUAGGACACAGUCACACCCCAUGGUGUUUAAAGGAAAACACGAAUACUGCCAACUCAUCCUCCACCGUCACAACUAUGAAAAAAUAAAAAAAAACUUGAUAAGACGUAAAAGAAAAAUGUCAAUAAAACAACAAAAAACCUAACGAUGAUACUGUUAAAGUAAAUUAUAUUUUAUUGCAGUAAUAUUACUGUCAUGUCAAAUUUUUAAUAUUCUAUGUUCAAUUUAAGCACAUUUAUUGAAUUGAAAAAAAAAG